GUCAAAAUAAUGUCAUGUGUUAUAAACUAUAAUAAUUAUAUUUAAACUACGUAAAAUUUGAUAAUAACCCAUGUUCUAUUAUUUAAUUAAAGUAUAAAGAAAUCAUUAAGGAUUCAAUAAUCAUGAAUAUUAUUAUAAAGCAGUUACAAGGAGGGGAAUGUAAUUUACAGGUGAAGCCAACAACAAAGAUAUUAGACAUUAAACACCACAUUGCUAUGAAGCUGAAAAUACCUAUAGCAGAACAGAAACUUCUACUUUUAGGUCGAACUCUUGCAGAUGAUCAAAUCAUUGAAUCAUAUCCAUCAAUCAAAAAUGGCACUAAAUUAAAUCUAAUCGUAAAGAAGACUCAAGGACUUCUAGAAGUAUCUACAAAAUAUUUUAAAAAACAUGGCAUGACGGAAACAGAAGCCAGAAAUGCAGCAAAUCGUUUGUUAAAAGUUGUUGAGGAAAAAUUCAAUAAAUUAUCUUGGGAUGAUAUUGAGAGGUUAAGUCUUGAUUGUAUGCUAGAAGAAUGUGGACAUCCUCGCCCUGCCAUUGAACAGGAUCAAGAUACUGAAUGUGAAGAUGCAUUUGGAUUGUGACCAAACACUAAUCAAUUGUUGGAAUUGCUUAAUCGGCUACUAUAUAACUACAGAAUAUAGUGAUCCAAUAACUGUACAAUAUUUUGUGUUGUUCAUUUGUUUUUAAUAUCUAGCACAAAAUGUUUAAAUUUGUAUUUAAAUGAUUUGCUGGAUAGGAAGUUUUUAUAAUUGCAUUACAUAUAUAAUUCAUUCAACCAAAGGAAAAUAUUUUUGGCUUUUCAGAUAAUAGUUGAAAUAAUUUAAACUUAUUAAUUAAUAAAUGAAUUCUUUAUUUAAAAAAACCGUUAAUCUUAUUUACCACUCUAGCAUUUGUCUGACAAAUUCAAAUUCUUAUUAAAAGAUUCAUUAAGUAUAUAGUGUAUUUAUAAAAAUAUAGCAAAAGUUAGUAAUGUUUAUAAGAUAUUCAUGGAAUACAAGAUAGUAUCUUAAGUAUGAUUAAAUAUUUAAGCUUAUUUUAAGAAAUGCUGAAGCCAUGGUAAUGGAACAACAGUGAAAUAUUUUGUGUGCAAUGGAAAAUAAAUAUUAAAAAACA